AAGGACAAAAUAAGAAUAACAAUAAAAGACGAAAUAGAAGCAAGGGAAGCUGUCAUAAAGGCACUUGAAGAUUCGAAAAUGGAGUUCGAUAGUUUAUUUAGGCAAGGAGAGAGAACCGAGCAACAAAUAAAAAACCUGAUAAAAGUAGAAAAUAUACAUGCUAAAACACUUGAAAAACGAUACAGCGAAUUGGUUGAGCACAUACAGCGGUUAUACCAUGAAAUAAAUGAAACAACCCAACACGUUUUAGAACACAAGGAUAAAUUGCUGAAAUUCAAAAUUGAUCUUAAUGUCGAAAUAAAUAAAAUAAGAGAGAUGCAGGAAAAUCAUGGCAUUCUUUUAAUGGGAAAUAGCAAAGGCAUACAAGAAUUGCUGAAACGAACGGAGGAGAUGUCAAUCAACCUGAAAGAGAAUAAAGAGGCAACACAGAUAGUUUUAAGGACUGUACUUAGUGUGCUACACACACAAGAAGAUAUUUCUAGUUUGAUUGUGGAUAUUGAAAAUGGAAACAGAACAGAUCAUCCGGAAAUAGCAGAUCUACUUAAAAGAGUGAUUCGACUUUUGGAAACCGGUGACAAAAGGGUGAAAAAGGUAAAAAACGAAUGCGUUGCGUUUUACAUGACAUUUCCCACCAUAUCUAGCUGGGUACAAUUUGUCAAAGACUGUCUGAAUGGUAGCCUAGUGGAUUUAUUCUUGCCUCUAGAGACAUAUCUGCGGACAUUACCCAGAUGCGCACAUCUCAAGCUCAAAUUCGGAAUAACUGAACAUGACUUUCUCGCUUAUGCCGACCAUUUACUAAAAACGCUAAAGUGUACAAUUGCAUCGGACAUUACGCAAAAUAAAGACAACGUUCGUGCGAUCGAGCUUGUUCCUUCACAUGCCUUGAUGUCUGAAGAUUAUAUCAAAACAGUGAUGGACGCUCAUGCAGUACGUUUGGAUGAUGACUCAAAUGACUGCGAUGUUAAAGCUGAGCAUUUUGAAACUGUGAAAGAUGCUAGCCAUACCAUAUCGUCGGAUAUUAUUCAAGAAGAAGACGAAGAGUGUGCGAUCGACCAUGAACACACUGAACGUAUUGGCAUUCUUCCCUCAAAAGUCUUGAAAGAAAUCGCUAAAAUGAAAAAAGUGAUUGCUGACAUUUUGGAAAAUGAAUUUAAUGAAUGCGAUGUUAAAGUUGAGCAUUGUGAAAAUGCCGUAAUAGGGUUACGGCAAAAAGAGGUUGACGUAGCAAAUCAAAUAAAAGAAAGAACUGGAAAUAAACUAUUUAAGGGAACACACAUGUCCCAAAGAGGCGACCAAACUGUGGAAAUGUCAACUUCCACAGAAAAUAUAGUGGGUGUCCAGUGUGAAAAGCUCAUACCAGAAAAGCGAAAACAUUUUAUGAACAAAACCAUACCACUAAGUAAGUAAAAUGGUGUGACUUAUUUAACGUG